GAGGCGGUACAGCGAGUCGCCGCUCUUCCCGGCACGCUCCGCGCGUGCCGCUUCCGAGUCAGAGGUCGCCCGGUGUGGCUUGCGUGAGCCAUGGUGCAGCUCCGGCCGCGGGCCUCCCGCGCCCCGGUGUCGGCGUCGGCGAUGGUAGACGAGGGCCAGCCCUCCUCGGAGGAGGAGGCGGAGCACGGCCUGUUGCUUGGGCAGCCCAGCAGCGGCGCGGCCGCCGAGCCGCUGGAGGAUGAGGAAGGGGAGGAGGAGUCCGACGACGAGGCUCCGGAGGAGCUGACUUUCGCCAGCGCCCAGGCCGAAGCGAAGGAAGAGGAGAAGCGAGUCCGGGAGACCCUGCGCAGGGAUAAAUCGCUCCUGAAGGAGAAGAGGAAGCGACGUGAGGAGCUGUUCAUUGAACAGAAGAAAAGGAAGCUGCUUCCAGAUACUGUUCUAGAGAAGUUAACAGCUCCACAGACCAGCAUAAAGAAAUCACCUGGAAAACUGAAAAAAGCUGAUUUGCAAAAGAAAAAUGAAUGUGUAAAGGGGAGUGACGCCAAGAAAACUAAAGUGCAGAAAGUACAGUCUGUUGGCCAGAAUAAAAGCUAUGUGGCUGUAAGGCUAAAAGAUCAAGAUCUAAGAGAUUCAAGGAAAGAGGCAGCUAAAGCCUUCAUACAAAACUGUUUAUAUGGCCCAGGAACCAACAGAACUACAGUAAAUAAGUUCCUGUCCCUUGAAAACAAGAGGUUACCAGUGAAGAAGGCUGCAGCCCAGUUUUUAAAUAAUGCUUGGGGAACCCAGAAAAAACAAAAUGCCAAGAGGUUUAAGAAACGGUGGAUGUUCAGGAAGAUGAAAGCUUCUAAGAAGUAAAUCGAAGAUAAGUGUAUAUAAAGAACUUGUUAUUCAGAGGAUUCUUUUUUACGGGGGGAACAUCUCAUAAUUUCUAUACCAUCUGAAUUGUCAUUACAAAAAUUGUAAAUAAAAGGAGUAUCUAGUCACAUUUUUUGCUUCUAGAGCAUGGCUGUGCUUUGUCUAUUUGCACAAUGGAACAGAAACAGAUUAAAAUGAAUUCUUUUCCUUUCUUUUGUAUUUAUGAAAUUAUCACAAUCCCAACAAUGUUUCUUAUACCCCUCCCCCCAUCCUCAAUGUGGGUAUGUGGCAGAAAAAGAAGUAACAUCCAUUAAGUCUUAAUUGUAUUCUCAGAUGCCUUAGUCACUCAUAUGUUUUGGUGCUAUUGAUGAGACUGUUUUGCAGAAUGUGGAAUAAAUAACUGGAACAGUA